UCCGGUUUGGGCAGUGAGGUUCCCUGGUCAAAGAUGGCGGCCCCCUUGUGCGUUCAGCUUGAGUUCGGAGGUGGAGCGGAACUCUUGUUCGAUGGCGUAAGGAAGCACCAAGUGACUUUGCCCAUCCAGCCUGGACCUUGGGACAUUAGAUGCCUCCUUGUAUGGAUCAAAGAAAACCUGUUGAAAGAGAGACUGGAAUUGUUCAUGCAAGGAGACUCUGUGCGGCCAGGUAUCCUGGUGCUCAUCAACGAGGCGGACUGGGAGUUGAUGGGGGAGCUCGACUAUCAACUCCAAGACCAGGAUAACGUGGUUUUCAUCUCUACCUUACAUGGUGGCUAGACUCCUGGGAAAGGGACUCUGAUUUCUGGCCACGGACUAUUAUUCAUCUCCCUCACACUGGCUGCCUGUGUUCCAAGAGGAGGUCAAACCGGAUCCAGCCUCGUCUCACAUCCCUCCUUAAUCAGUCCUUUGGUGCUCGGCUGCUCCCGGCCUCUGGUUCUGCUCCGAGCUCUUUUGUCCGGGACAGGGAUCGGAACAAUUUCUGCAUUGGGUUGCUGUUUUUCUCUGCGUGGUACGGGAGCCUCGUGCCAUGGAACAGAUGACUUUUAAUGAUCUGGCUCUGAGCGCAGACCGGCAGCGGCUGGGCUCCAGAGCGCUCUCUGGGUGAGCCCGCUGCCACAGUUGCUCCGACUGUCUCUCCUCCCCCGGCAGCAGGAGAGGCAGCAGCAGAUUCUGCUGGGGGAGGUGGGGGGGGGAUAUCCCUUCCUGCCUCUGAUCCAAGGACCGGGAGGCUGCUCUACGGCCAUUACGGAAAGGACUGCAGUUGUCAGUCUUCUCCGCAUCAGCCUAUCCACGCUCGAGAUGUGCUGGGCAGGGAUUUUGGUUACGUGGCAGAGCCAACACUCUGUCGCAAAGUAGUUGGUCCAGAGCUCUGAAAUUACGGAUCCGUGGACCACUGAGAACUCUCUCACCUGCCUUUUUAUCUUCCGCUCCUGUUUCCCCCCCCCCACACUGCUGUUUCCUUUUUCUUUUUUCAUCCCCAGCCGUAGAAGCCAGCCCUCUCCACUGCACAAGAUUUUGCAGAACCAGUGGAUGCAGAGGGUAGGAAUCAGGUCCUCUGUGACGCAGAGAGCAGAAGACUGCCUUAGGAGAUCUGGAUUUGAGUUUUGCCCUGGCUGCAAAUUUAACUGCCCUGCUUGCUCCGCCUCUGUACAGUGGGAUUUGUAACGGCCUGCUUUGCAGGGGGGUUGGGAAGAUCCACAAUAAAGAUCGUAAAGCGGUUUGAAAAGGGCGUCAUCCGCAACGGAUGCCGCUUCCGUUUGUUCACAGUCUGUGUCGCAUGGAUCAGUACCUUUCACGGAUGUGUCAUGUGCUUUCAGCUGCUGAAAACAGGGAGGAACACCAGAGCCCGAGACAUCUUUUUAAAUGUCUGGCACUGCGGAAGAGGCAAGCCGC